CAAGCUAGAAUUUCAAAAAAGAGAAAAAGUUUUGCUUUUGCGCAUGUUACCUAGGCCGGCCGGGUAAAGGAGCACUAGCUAGCACAAACCUUUAGAGCACCAUGGCAUAUGGCAUGCAUGAGUGUGUUGGAUAGAAUAAACAAUCAAAUCCAACAUCACAACUCAUGGAUCCCACAUCUCAGAUAUCAGCCAUACGGCCCUUAAUUAGCUAGCUAGCCUCAAGUACAACCCGUGGCCGAUCGAUCGACGAGCACACGAUGAAUCUAGUGUCGGUCCUCCUCCUCUUAACGACAAUCACCAUUACCGUCCCGGCAGGCGAUCACCGUCAUCAUGGAGUCAGCGCGAGCCCCCCACCGGACCCCGUGCAGUGCGGCACGUCCGGCUGCACCGUGUCGAGCGCCUACGGCGUGUUCCCGGACCGCUCGACGACGUGCCGGGCGGCCGCCGUGGCGUACCCUUCCACGGAGGCAGAGCUCGUCCGCGCCGUGGCCAACGCCACGGCCACCAAGACCAAGAUGAAGGUGACCACCAGGUACUCCCACAGCAUGCCGCCCCUGGCGUGCCCCGGCGACGGGAACGGCAACGGCAUCGCCAUCAGCACCAGGUGGCUGGACCGCGUGGUGUCGGUGGACGCGGCCAGGACGGAGAUCACCGUGGAGAGCGGCAUCACGCUGCGGGAGCUCGUCGCGGCGGCGGCCGGGGCCGGGAUGGCGCUGCCUUACGCGCCAUACUGGUGGGGGCUCACCGUGGGCGGCAUGCUCGGCACGGGCGCGCACGGCAGCUCGCUCUGGGGCAGAGGGGGCGCCGUGCACGAGUACGUCGUGGGGAUGCGGAUCGUGACGCCGGCUCCGGCCAACCAGGGGUACGCCAGGGUGCGCGUGCUCACGGCUGGCGACCCGGACCUGGACGCCGCCAAGGUCUCCCUCGGUGUCCUAGGGGUCAUUUCUCAGGUGACUCUGAAGCUACAGCCCCUGUUCAAGCGUUCGACGACGUUCGCGGAGCGGGACGACUCGGACCUGGCGGAUCAGGUGACCAAGUUCGGGUACGAGCACGAGUUCGCGGACAUCGCCUGGUACCCGGGCCUGGGGCGCGCCGUGUACCGCAUGGACGACCGGAUGCCCAUGAACGCCUCGGGCGACGGCGUGCUGGACUUCAUCGGCUUCCGCGCCACCUCCACGCUGCUCAUCCGCGCCAACCGCCUGGCCGAGGAGCUCUCGGAGCGCGCGGGCAACGGCAAGUGCCUGGCGUCCAGGGUCACCCACGCGGCGCUCUCGGCGGCCGGCUACGGGCUGGCACGGAAGGCCGGCUUGCUCUUCACGGGUUACCCCGUGGUCGGCCCGCAGCACCGGAUGCAGGCGUCGGGGGGCUGCCUGAGCGGGCCCGAGGACUCGCUGCAGACCGCCUGCGCGUGGGACCCGCGCGUCAGGGGCGCCAGCUUCUUCCACCAGACGACCUUCAGCCUGCCGGUCAGCCGCGCCGGGGCGUUCGUGGCCGAGGUCCAGCGGCUCCGUGACCUGAACCCGAAGUCCCUCUGCGGCGUGGAGCUCUACGACGGGAUCCUGAUGCGCUACGUGAAGUCCUCCUCGGCGCACCUCGGGAAACCCCCGGCCCGCGGGGAGAUCUCGACCGACAUGGUGGACUUCGACAUGACGUACUACCGCAGCCGGGACCCGUCCAAGGCGCGGGUGCACGAGGACGUGAUGGAGGAGAUCGAGCAGAUGGGGCUGUUCAAGUACGGCGGGCUGCCGCACUGGGGAAAGAACCGGAACCUCGCCUUCGCCGAUGCCGCGGGCAAGUACCCCGGGAUGCGCCGGUUCCUGCGUGUCAAGGACGCCUAUGACCCCGACGGACUCUUCUCCAGCGAUUGGAGCGACAUGAUGCUCGGCAUUGGGGGUGUUGCCGCCGCGCUGACCAAGGACGCGCCCGGGUGCGCGCUGGAAGGGAUGUGCGUUUGCUCGCAGGACGCGCAUUGCGCGCCGGACCAGGGAUACCUCUGCAGGCCGGGCAAAAUCUACAAGGAUGCUAGGGUCUGCACCAAAGUUUAGUCUUUUAUCGUCUCGACGUCCAUCUUAGAGAAUAUCGUAGAAUGGGCUAGACUGACUCACAUUGUGGUGGUCGAUUGACACACUGAAACGUAUGUAUCUCAAGCUAGAAACCGCAUGCCAAGAAUAUUUAUACGUUCCGAACGCCGGCUUGAGUGAUCCUAAUUAACCAUACCAUCUGUUGCCAUCCAUCCUCCCCUAUACUCAUGUCAUAUGGAGUACCGUAUCUUCCUUUUUUAGUCUGAACAAUGAGAACUACCGAGUGUCUUGA